GUGCAGUGGUGGAAGCAACAUCUCCUGGUCGCAGUCCGACAGCGCAGCAAGCAGCAGUUUUUUUCCUCUCAUUUGUCUCUGAAAAACUGUUGUUCCGUGACGCGGCGAUGUGGAUUUACAAGCUCAUUUUCGGACUCUUCGUCAUUUCUUGUUCUGAGGGCAAAAGAAAUGCGCUCCAGGACUACCAGAAGACUGAUGGUGUACUGCUGGUCGUCGUGUCUCCCGAUUCCUCGCACCUGACCAAAAGCAAGAAGCUGAGCUUGGCCAAGUGUGCCAAAGCCUGCAGCCGCAACAGGAGACUCCCAUUCAGCUGCAGAGCGUUCCUCUAUGAUCAUAAAAACAGGAAAUGCCAGUGGCUGUCGUUCGACAGGAACUCGCCAGGAGCUCAAAGCCAACAGGACUUCAACUACCAACUGUAUCAAAAGAAAGACUAUGUGAGGGAGUGCAUUGUGGGUACAGGUGAGGGCUACAGGGGGCGGAGGUCGGUGACGGUGGGCGGGAUCCUGUGCCAGGCUUGGGCCUCUUCAAUUCCUCAUGAACACAAAUUCAUGUCGAAGAGAUUCAGGAAGAAGGACCUCAGAGAGAACUUCUGUCGCAACCCAGACAACUCCACUGUUGGCCCCUGGUGCUUCACCACUGACCCCCGGCCACACCUCAGACACCAGGAGUGUGGGAUACCGCAGUGUUCACAGGUUGAGUGUGUGAACUGUAAUGGGGAAGAUUACAGAGGACCCAUGGACCACACAGAGAGUGGAAAGGAAUGCCAGCGCUGGGACCUGGAAGAUCCACACAAACACCUGUACCACCCCAAGAGGUACCCUGACAAGGGCCUGGAUGAUAACUACUGCAGGAAUCCAGACGGACGCCACAGACCCUGGUGCUUUACCACGGACCCAAACACGCUGUGGGAGUACUGCAACAUCAAAGUUUGUGAAACACCUCCUAAAAGUAAUGUGGUGGAAACAACCGAGUGUUACCAGGGCAGAGGAGAGGGUUAUCGGGGGACAGUGGACGUGAUAUCCACCGGGCUCAUCUGCCAACGCUGGGACUCUCAGUAUCCCCAUAACCACACAUUCAUACCUCAAGCCUACCCCUGCAAGGACCUGAGAGAAAACUACUGUCGGAAUCCAGAUGGCCAACAACUCCCAUGGUGCUUCACAACGGACCCAAGAGUCCGCACCAUGUCCUGCAACAACAUCCCUCAGUGCGGCACCCAAAACAGGCCUGUCAGCGAUUGCUAUGAAGAGUUUGGGGAGAAUUACCAAGGAGAGCAGUCAAGGACUAGAUCAAACCUGCCCUGUGCUCCCUGGAGAGACCACAGCAACAGUGGCGAGAGAGGCAUGCUGAUGGCCGGCCUGGAGGGAAACUACUGCAGAAACCCUGAUAAAGACAAACAUGGUCCCUGGUGUUACACCAACAACUCCGCCAUUCCCUGGGACUACUGCACUGUAAAACCAUGUGAUGCUUCGCAGAACAUCAUUCCUCUCGGUGAGCUGUCCUCUGUGAGGUGUUUUGUCCAUAAAAGAAUCAGGAUUGUGGGAGGAUUUCCGGUGGGCAUAUCAGACGGCAGCUGGAUGGUCAGCAUACAGAAAGGGUCGCAGCACUGGUGUGGAGGUUCACUAAUACGAGAGGAAUGGGUACUCACUGACAGACAGUGCUUCUCCUCAUGUGUUCCAGACCUCAGUGAGUAUCGGGUGUGGCUGGGAGUCUCAGAUAUUCGAGAGGGCGCUACUGACUGGUCCAAGAGACAGGAAGUGAGCAUAGCUCAUGUGAUAUGUGGCCCCGAGGGCUCCAGUUUAGCCCUCAUAAGGCUGUCUAAGCCUGCCCUCCCUGCAGACAAUGUUCACACACUUCAGCUCCCCGUGGAUGGGUGCUCCAUCCCAGAAGGAACGAUAUGUAAAAUGUAUGGAUGGGGGGAGACCAAAGGCACUGGUCAUGAUGACGUGCUGAAGGCGGUCGACAUGCCCAUUGUCAGUAAUGCGAGGUGUAGAGAGAUGCACAGAGGGAACCUCCACAUCACCAACACCAAGAUCUGUGCAGGAGGCAAGAGGAACGAGGGAGUGUGUGAGAGGGAUUACGGCGGCCCUCUUGUGUGUCAGGACGGCGACAUCAGGGUUAUUAUGGGAGUGAGCGUCCACGGCAGAGGCUGCGCUCGGGCCAACCAGCCUGGCAUCUUCAUCAAUGUGCCCUUCUACGCACAGUGGAUCUACAAGGUCUUCAGAUAUUACCCAAACCCUGAGCCUCAAUAGAGAAUGAAGCAGAACCAGGGGGACUAAAUCAAACCUUUACUUCUGUAAAUCCAGCUGUGCACUCAGGACACCUGGUUUUUAUGUCGGUCAUACCUGCAUAGCCCACAGAUCAAUAAGAACCUGAUCUGAGCACUCUUAAUAGAUGAAUGCAUGGAGAAACACUGUGAUUUAAACACAUCGUAAACAGAUACCAUACUGAUUCUUUGAGUUGGGAGCAGACCAGGCAAACAUUUGGUUUCAUCCAUUUUUUCUUUUGGUAGCAAAUCCACCAGAGUGGUAUGUGUGUAUGUGAAUACUCUUGAUUCCUGGCAUUACUUGAAUGUUUUAACACCAAAAUGCAGUGGUUCAGCAGCUCCUUUUGUAGAGUACAUCAAUGGGCCACUUGUAGAGAACUAUCCAGUGAUAGGGCAAUGUUAAGGGCACUCUUGUCGAGCUUCACACGUCUCCAGGGGGUUUAGAUAAAGUGGUCCUUACUGUACAUAGUAUUUUAAUGAGUGUGUUUGUGACACUCUAACAGUGAUUUGGGUCUUAUAGAUCUGUGACAAGAGAAAUGAAUGUCGUGGUGGGCAGAUAAAUGAUAUUCUGUACGGAAACACCAAAAUGAACUCCAUUUUCAGUAUUUUAAUGAUAUCACAAAGCCACUGACUGUAUAUAUAUGUAUGUAUACAUAUAUAUAUACAUAUAUAUAUAUGAACGUGCUCUAUGCAUUCUGUGUAGAUGAAAGGAAUGUAUGGCUGGUCAGCUUUAUAGACGGGUUUCUGUGCGACGUCAUCACAGAGAUGCGCGCGCAGCUAAGGGGCAGAAAACACGGCAUAUCUAGUGGAGCCAAGCUGCAAAGCUUGAACAAAGAGAUGAAAAGGAGUUGUUACAGCACCAACUGCAGAAAAGAUGGCUUGAAAAUGUUUAAUAUUCUGAGGGGAUCACAUGCCUUUGCAAAAAAACAGGAGGAGAUUAUAGGUCCAGCUUGAUGGGCAAAAGCAUUCUCGUCACACAGCGCUAGCAAAGCAGCGGGUGGUUAUGGCGAGCGGUCAUGCUCCACAGAUCGAUCAAAAUGAACUGAUCAACAACAGGGUGAUUGGCCCAUACUAUAAGGAAAUAUUUAUAUAUGACUAUGCCUUAAAACAUAAAAGUGAUGCAAGACUUCAUUACGGCUCUAAAUUGCUGUAACGUUACGCGACUACGGCGGGGGGAAAACUCACUGCGGUAUGCCAUAACAUUACGUUUUGAAGGGAAGACGUCUGAUAGUCUACCGGGGCAGCCAAUCCAAGUCUCCAGUUUUAUAUUAACAUUAUGCCUGUUGAGGAAUCGCUAAGGAAAAAGUGUCUGGCGGCGGCCAUCACGAGGGGCUCACGUAACUUGAACUCCGACCGGAGUGUCAAUCCAGUUCCCUCCAAGUCAAAUCACACUUAUGUCUGAUAAACAAAUCUCAUACUAACAUGCAUAUGAUUUGGUAUCUGGUGGUCGGACUCUGCAGGGGUCUAGUCUAGUCAACAAGAAUGUACAAACAAUGCAAAAUCUACGUUGAUUACAAUCGGAUGCCAAAGUGUUUUUGCCCCCUGAAUGCACACGCACCCAGUAACGUUUGUAUACACGAAACCCGUCUAUAGGAUCUGAAAAAAAGCAGAAAAUGUAACAUUCAUGUGUACACACAAGCUCUUUCUAUACAAAACUGAACAGUGUUAAUUCAUCGCGUGUGUGCAUCUGUUUUUGAAAGUUUUUCUGCAGUAUGCAAAAAGAAAACUGCAGAAGGAGUGUUCGUGUGUGUGUGUGUGUGUGUGUGUGUGUGUGUUGUGUGUGUGUGAGAGAGCCUGAGCUGAAU